AGGCUCCAGGUGGGGGUGAGCUGCUUGUCCCCAUGACUGCAUUUUAUUGUUGAGUGUAGCAGGGAAGCAGCUAACUGAAAACUUCUGUACUGCAUUCAGAUUACUGGAAUUUCUAUAUAGAAGCCACAGUGUAGGUAGAGCUACCGACAAUCGAAUCAAAGGACAACCGGCUCGGUUCGUUCAUAUUGUACCGCCGAUUCCUUCUGCUACCACCAUGGAUGAUUUAGAUGCAUUGCUGGCGGACUUGGAGUCGACGACCUCCCACAUCUCCAAGUGGCCAGUGUUUCUGCCGGACGAGACACCCUACUCUUUCCCUACGGGAGGACAGGCCCCUCCCCCUGUACCACCACCUCCCUCCACUGAGGCCCUGAAUGGAACCUUGCUUGAACCCCUAGAUUCAACCCCCUUGUCCACAGAGUCCUACAGCCCUGCACAGAAAAGCUUGUGGUCCAGGGAUAGCAGUAGCCCCCCCUUACCCCAAAGCGAAGAGGACCACGUCUACAGCUUCCCCAACAAGCAGAAGAGUACGGAGGCUGCCAUGAGCUCCUCCCUGGGCUGCAACCUGUCGGAGCUGGACCGGCUGCUUCUGGAGCUCAAUGCUGUACAGCACAACACACCCUCCUUCCCCACUGAGGAAGAGUCAGCUCCGCCCCUGCCUUCCAGCAGCACCACCCAUUAUGUGCAAGCGAACGGGGUUUCUGGAGCAGGCAAGUUGCCUCGCCCCACCAUGGAGAAGCCAAAACGCAGCGUGGCCACCAGGCCACCAGUCAUCGAAGACGUGCGCCUCAGCGCCAAGAGCCUCCUUGACAAGCAAGAAAGUUCUGUGCCCUCUCCCAUCCCCACCCCAUUGGUGGUAGAGAAGUUGGGGGAGGAGGAGACUCCCUCCCAGCUGCAGGCCAGAAUCUCAGCCUCCUCAGCCACGCGGGAGCUUGACGAGCUCAUGGCCUCGCUGUCCGACUUCAAAGUCCAGAGCAACAUCCUGGCCCAGGGGAAGAGCUCACCCACUGCUCCCCCCAAACAGUCUAACAAGCUGGACAACAUGCUGGGCAGCCUCCAGUCAGACCUACAUAAACUGGGUGUCCAGACUGUGGCCAAGGGAGUGUGUGGGGCCUGCAACAAGCCCAUUGUUGGACAGGUGGUGACUGCCAUGGGGCGCACAUGGCACCCAGAGCACUUUGUGUGUACCCACUGUCAGGAGGAGAUCGGCUCCAGGAACUUCUUUGAGCGGGACGGAGCACCUUACUGUGAGAAGGACUACCACAACCUGUUCUCCCCACGCUGCCACUACUGUAACGGACCUAUCCUGGACAAAGUGGUGACUGCACUGGACAGGAACUGGCAUCCGGAACACUUCUUCUGUGCUCAGUGUGGUGCUUUCUUUGGCCCAGAGGGCUUCCAUGAGAAGGAUGGGAAGGCAUAUUGUCGGAAGGACUACUUUGACAUGUUUGCGCCCAAGUGUGGAGGCUGUACCCGCGCCAUCCUGGAGAACUACAUAUCAGCCCUCAACUCCCUCUGGCACCCCGAGUGUUUUGUCUGCAGGGAGUGCUUCACCCCCUUUGUAAAUGGGAGCUUCUUUGAGCACGAGGGCCAGCCCUACUGCGAGGGCCACUACCACGAGCGCCGCGGGUCCCUCUGCUCGGGCUGCCAAAAGCCCAUCACAGGCCGCUGCAUCACAGCAAUGGCCAAGAAGUUCCACCCUGAGCACUUUGUCUGUGCCUUCUGCCUCAAGCAGCUCAACAAGGGCACCUUCAAGGAGCAGAAUGACAAGCCCUACUGCCAGGGCUGCUUCAUCAAGCUCUUCAGCUAGGAAGCUAGCCUCCCCCAAGCCUGUUUAUGUGUGUGUGUACGCACUUGUGUGUGUGUGUGUGUGUGCAGCUGUGUGCGCGUUCUGUGUUCCAAAUCUCUGCUGUUGUGUGGGAAGGAGUGCGCAGGUGCACGCUCCAGAGAAAAAGAAGAGAAUCGGGCCACCGUGUGAGUGUUUUUCAAAAGGUGUAGACUGGGAUUAGAAGGCCGUCAGUGGCUAUGAGGAAGCAGAGUUGUUCCUUACUGUGCAUGUAGCUGAGAUAAGCCUGGCCAUUAAACACCACAGCUCUUCCUACAGGUGCCUAUUUGGAGGAGUUGGAGUGAUCAUUCCAAAAUAUAUUUUUGAAGUUGCAAAACACUGUCUGUGCAAUUGCAAAUACAUGCCUAUAAACUGUCUCUUGAUCUAAAACACACACAAGACAGAUUUUUAACUCGAGAAGAGGAAAAGCUUUCUGGUCUCCCUCCUUCCUUUCUCUUCACUGCUCUAAGACCAGUUUAAACACUUGGUGCUCAUUCUCAACUCAAUCAUAGAUCCCUCUCUGCAACCCUCAUGGGGACAUUUUACAGCCUGGUAUGGCCAAGAUAUCAGUGUCCUAUUUUUGUACACUUUUCCUAUGGAAACUUUCAUAUACUUACGAGGAAUGCUCAGCAACAGAUUACAUUUUUUGUUUACCUGAAGUGUGUUUGUACAAAAUAAGACUCAUUGUUUUAAGAGGCGUACCCACACUCUAGAAUACUGCUAUUUUUGCGCUAUGGACUCUCACUUUCUAAUUUCAGUACUUCAGUCUUUGCUUCACUGAUUCUCAUAUCAAUUCUCAUUCAUGUAAAUCUGAUUUCAAAAGGACGUACAUUUAAAUAUUGUCUUACCCUUUAGGUGGACAGAGGGUGGGGGUUUGGGUCAUUUUGGGUACCGCACCUCUUUUUAUUUUGGAGGAACUAUGCUCAUCCCUCACUUUCCAUUAGGUAGGGAGGCAUCUCUUAGCUUGGCAACCAAACUGAGCACAGUGUUCUUCAGUCUGGGGUAACCAGGCUAGAUUUUCUAUGAGGAAAAUACUGGAGCAUGUUUAUUUGAAACAGAACAUGUUAAUUGUGUGCAUUUUACCCUUUUUUAUUUGCUACUGUAUUCGUCCACACAUUUAGCCAAGUUUUAAAAUGAAUUCAUUCCGAGUGAAUGGGGAGUACAUUUCUUGGUGCAAUGUUUUGCUGUAAAUUUAGCUACUGACAAUGUGUGUUUUCCCUCAGUUACUUAAAGACAAAGUAAUACAGA